AUGGCCGCCGCUGGGUUUGCGUGGUGGAGUGGCGAUGAGGGCAGGCGGAGGGGCGCGGCGCAGUGUGCUGCCCGGAGGGGCGAGGAGGAUGUUGAUAUCGGUGCGGACAAUGAGUAUGAGGAUGGGGAGCUCUAUGAGGUGAAGGUCAAGAGCGGUGAGUGAGUGAGUGGCUCUACAGUGUGCCUGUGCAUCAAUCUGACUGACGAUGUCUGUGUUGGGUUUGGUGGUGUUGUGCAGACAAGAAGGUGCUGGUGACUCGCAUCAAGGGGCAGCUCUUCGCUGUGGGGGCCUUGUGUUCACACUAUAACGCGCCACUCAAGAAAGGCAAGCACCAUGGGAGCGAGGGAGGGAGGGAGCGGUUUGCCCUCUUGAUGCUCUCCAUCUCUCCAUCUCUCUGUCUUCUCAUGCAGGCGUGCUUGGCGUCGACCACAUAACCUGCGCCUGGCACGACGCAGAGUUCGAUCUCAAGACCGGCAAAUGCGUCAACGGUCAGUCCGAGAGAGAGGGCCACACGGCAAGGCAACCAUGUUCGUCUCAUCAGCUGGCCUGACGCACUGAUGGUUUGCAGGUCCUGGUCUUAAGGCCAUUCCGACCUACCCCAUCCGCGUCAACAGAGGCCGGGUGCUCGUCACCCUCCCCAGCGACAUGCAGGUGACUGACCACUAAACGACACACACACCCAGCAGCAGACGGUAAUGUGUGUGCGUGUGUGGUUUGGUGUGUGGUGUGUUCAGGACCACGUCGAGCCGACCCUUGCCAAGCGCGACCCCAAGGACAAGCGCGUGUAUGCCAUUGUGGGUGCGGGGGCGGCCGGGAUGGCUGCCGCAGAAACGCUCAGACAGGAGGGCUUCACGGUCAGUCAGCUCACAGCCAUAGAACGAAGAGAAGAAUAUGCCAUCAGUGUGCCUGCAGCCGAAAGUGGAUGUGCGUGUGUGUUUGUGUGUGUGUGUGUGUGUGUGUGUGUGUUAGGGUCGGAUACUGAUGUUUGGUCGCGAGGACCACCCGCCGUACGACCGCGCUGUCCUGUCUAAGAACCUCCACGCAGACGUCAAGAAGAUCGUCUUGAGGGACCAUGACUUCAUGAAGGUCACACAGACGCCACGCCACCCAUGUCCCCCACCCCACAGAGAGGGGUGUGUGUGUGUGUGUGUGGGCAGUCGGCGCACAUCGAGUACUUGAACAACUCCAUUGUGACCCAUGUCGACGCCAAGGCCAAGAGGAUACAGCUCGACGACGGCGACACAUACAGCUACGACAAGGUAGCCAUGCCACGCGAUCAGCCGAGAAGGAGAUACACAGAGAUACACACACACGUCUUCUGACCUUUGCAGGUGCUGAUCGCCACUGGUGCCGAGCCGCGGAAGCUAUUCGUGCCGGGCCACGACUGCCAGAAUGUCUUUGGGCUGAGGCGGCCGGAGGACGCCAGGCAGAUCGCCAACUUUGCGAAGAGGGGCAUGCGAGUGGUACGAGUAUCCCACACACCGGCCAACAUCCCACACGCCAUCCAUCCAUCCAUCCAUCGACUUACAGGUGAUCGUGGGCUCCUCCUUUAUCGGCAUGGAGAUCGCCGCCACGCUGGCGCGCAAGGGGUGCUCCGUGUCUGUCGUUGGCAUGGUCAGCGAGAGCCUGUCUGUUCUUGUGCACCCGGCAUGGUUGUGAGUCUUUCUGUGUGUGUGUAUGUGUGUGUGUGUGUGUGUGUGUGUGCAGGAAACGGUGCCGUUUGAGCGUGUUUUGGGUCUGAAGGUUGGCGCGAUGUUCAAGAAGCUGCUGGAGGAGCAGGGCGUGGAGUUCUGGGGCAACGCCAUCGUCAAGCGGUUCAGGGGCAGACACAAAGCAGAAUGGUCAGACACACACAGCGCCACACACACACAGAGAGAGAGAGAGAGAUGGUUCAUGUGUGUGUGUGUUUGAUAGGACGCGUGGCGAGGACAUGAAGGGCACACCAGUCGAGGGUGUGGAGCUCACCAAUGGGGAGGUCCUCGCGUGUGACGCCGUGGUCGUCGGGGCGGGCGUCAUUCCCAACGCCACACUGGUCCCCCCCCCCCAACCAACCAACACCCACCCACACAAGAUGGUGUGUGUCUGUGUGUUCUGUCUGUCUGUGUGCAGGUGGAGGGCGUGAGCAUGGCCAAGGACGGCUCCAUCCUGGUGGACGCCCUCCUGCAGUCACGGGAUGAGCCUUCCCUCUUCGCUGCGGGCGAUGUGGCCACCUUCCCCUACUACAAGACCGGCCUUGACACCAGAAUAGAGCACUGGGAUGUGGCGCUGCAGCAGGGCAGGACGGCCGCAAAGAACAUGAUGGACAAGGUGAGAGGGAGAGGGAGGAGAGCGGAGAGGAGGGAGGGGAAAGGUGUGUGUGUGUCGUGUGCGUGGCAGCAUCAGCCCUUCUCGACUGUGCCCUUCUUCUGGACCAUGAUCUUCGGCAAGUCUAUCAGGUGGGUACCACAGUGAGGUGUGAGCAUAUGUGUGUGUGUGUGUGUGUAUGUGUGUCCUUCGCACACUCGAGAUCCGAACUCUCUCCUCGUUUCUCAUUAUUUCUCAGGUACGCGGGCCACGUCAAGGAGUUCGACGAGCUCGUGGUGGAGGGCGACCUCUCCAAGUACCAGUUCGUCGCCUACUACAUCAAAGACGACAAGGCAACCACACCAAACCCUACACACACACCACAGGCAUCCGUUUCUUGCCUCCUGUGUGUGGCGGGCAGAUCGAGGCGGUGGCGACCUGUGGCCGAGACCCCGCAGCUGUGGGGAUCGCCGAGGCCAUGCGGCUGAACAUCAUGCCGACGGGCUCGGAGGUCGCUCUGGGCUUCUGCAAUGCCGAGAUGAUACUUGCCCGACUCAAGGUGAGUAGGCCGCGGACAGGCGCAGGAAGCUGGUAGAAACGUGUGUGUGUGUGUGUGUGUGUGUAGGAGUACCACAAGAAGCCUGUCAAGACGAGAAAGAGGUGA